CAUAAGUCAUUGCAAUUUUGCAAGUGGCGCAUUGUCAAUAUUGCAAUAUUAAUCACGGCCAUUUUGUCAAAAAAUUUUCUCUCAUCUCUAGGCCCUAUCCUUUGACAUUGUAAAUUGUGUAGUUUAACUAAGUUGCCCUUGGUUAAACUAGAUUGAACAGUUGAUGAUAGUGGUCAAGAAUAAGCGGUGAUAUGGCGCCACAACCAUCAACACCAAGUCCAGCACAACGACAAUCUGGUGGUCAACCAGGUCCACAACAAGCAACACAAGGACAAUCAACUGGUAAUACACAAACAAGUGGACAAUCAGCUAAUGCAGAACAUCGUAAAUUAAUUCAACAACAACUUGUAUUAUUAUUACAUGCACAUAAAUGUCAAAUACGUGAACGUUCAGCAACAAAUGGUAAAUCAUGGCGUUGUACAUUACCACAUUGUACAACAAUGAAAAAUGUAUUGGCACAUAUGACAACAUGUGGAGACGGUAAAGAAUGCUUAAUGCCACAUUGUAGUUCAUCUAGACAAAUAAUAACACAUUGGAAACAGUGUCAACGCACUGAUUGUCCUGUAUGUUUACCAUUAAGACAAUCUGAUGAAAUGAGAGCAGCAACCAAUGCUAAUGCAAGAACAGCUGGUGGUUUAGGAGUUGGUAUACGUGAUCCUGGACAAGUUAUGCAAGGUCUACCACCAGGUGCAAUAACACCAGCUGAUCUAAUACUUGCACAACGACAAACUGUCCAACAAGUCAUUGCUCCAAUUGUAAAUUCAAUGAGUAGUUCAGUUUCAUCAUCUUACGUGGUUGGUGAUGGUGGUGGUAAUGAUAAUCCACCGCCUCAAGCACGAUCCAAAGCAGAUCAGUUACGACAAGCUCUCAUGCCAACAUUUGAAAAAUUAUAUGGACUUGUACCAGAAUCAUUACCAUUUCGUCAACCAGUUGAUCCACAUGCAUUGUGCAUUCCAGAUUAUUUUGAUAUUGUUAAAAAACCCAUGGAUUUAUCAACAAUUAAAAAAAAACUCGAUGCUGGAGAAUACAGAGCUCCAUUGGACUAUUGUCAUGAUGUAUGGUUGAUGUUUGAUAAUGCAUGGCUUUAUAAUAACAAAACAUCAAGUGUUUAUAAAGGUUGUAAAAAAUUAUCAGAAGUAUUUGCGGAAAUCAUUCAACCAGUUCUGGAGUCACAUAGUUAUCGUGAUAAGAGAACAGAGCAGUCAUGAAGAAUUUGAUACAAGCUGGAACCAAGGAUGGCUGAUCAACCAAGAGCCAAUUAAUUCCAGAAAAUAAUAUUGAAAAAUUGCACAUGCC